CCAACGGCUGAGGACGCGCCAAGCCACCGAUCCAGUGGGCUCCCGUCGCGGCGCGUCCGAUCCGACCGGUGGCCGUGUUCGCGUCCGAGGAAACCAGAAAAGGAAGAGAGUGAAAGCAGGCGGAGGAGGAGAAAAAGGGAGGAGGAGGAGAGGAGCGCGUGAAGCAUUUCGGCUCAAAGGGGAAAUAAAAAGGGGAAGAUUUUUUUUGCAUCUCAUCCUCUCGCUCUCGCCGUCUCUCGCCGCUCCCCCCCCUUUCCAGGCUCCAAUCCCGCCGCCGCGUAGGAUGGCCAAGACGCGGCAGCCGCAGAAGCGGGUGCUGGAGUCGUUCACCAUCAAGGGGCCCGACGGGGUCAUCAAGCCUGGGGAUACUGUGCUAAUGAUGGCACCUGACUCAUCAAAGAAACCAUAUGUGGCAAGGGUUGAGGAAAUUGAGGCAACAGGACCUCAAGCCUCUCAAGUGAAGAUCAAGGUGCGGUGGUACUACCGCCCAGAAGAGUCCAUUGGUGGCCGGCGGCCAUUCCAUGGUUCGAAGGAAGUAUUUCUUUCUGACCACUAUGAUUCGCAGAGUGCUGACACCAUAGAGGGCAAGUGUUAUGUCCACACCUUUCGAGAUUACACCAAGCUUCGAUCUGUCAGCGCUGAGGACUUCUUUUGCCGCUUUGAGUACAAAUCUGCCACAGGCAGCUUUGUGCCUGACCGUAUAGCUGUGUUUUGCAAAUGUGAGAUGCCAUACAAUCCUGAUAACCUUAUGAUCCAAUGUGAGGAUUGCUCUGACUGGUUUCAUCCUUCCUGUGUUGAAAUAACCAUCAAAGAAGCGAAGAAACUAGAGCAUUUUUACUGUAAAAGCUGUAUUGCUGAAAAUGGAAAGGAUCUACAAAAGUCCAAUGGUGCUACUGUGCAAUCUGAAGAAAAGGUGCAGUCCAAACGACGGCGGAGGUGAUGCCAUGGAGACAGAAUCUCAAUACCUCCAAAGUGGAUGUAACAAUUCUGUGGGGAGCAAAGCCUCAUCACUCCUCUAGAUCUUCUCUCUUCUCUUCCUGUGCAAGGCUGCUUGCAGCCAGUGACCAGUGUACUGUGUACAUAUUUACCAGUGUUUUCUUUUUGCAUCGUUUGCAUGGUCGUCGUAGCGUCGUCGCAUGUACUAGCUUGGAGUCAGUCAGUCAGUUAGCUCGAGCAAAGGGAUCAAACUCCCUCUUGGUCAUAAACUCAUAAGCGAUGAUGAUAGAUGAAACUGGGCACUACCUACCGUGGUUGUGUUGUUGUCCAUCAAUAAUACCUUGACGACUUGCUACCUGCCUCUCUGUUCGUCGUCUCCAUGUUCGUUCUUUUUUUUCCC